AUGGCGACAGUUCUCCCUCAGGAGUCGCCUCCCUCGGCAUGCUUUGCAUCCGCAGAAGGUCCUUCCGGCCCCGCCACCGAAGGCGGGCACCGCCGCAGUGGAGUCCGCUGCGGCGGCGGCCAUCGCGGGGCAAAGGGGCACUCGAGCCCUGCGCGGGAGGGCCGAGGCCGCCUCUCACUCGCCUCCCGAGUAGGCCGCAGCGCGCGGCGUCCGACAGGCGCGAGAGAACGAGGCCCGCACACUGGCCACGGGACGCAACACAAGGCGAGACCGAACUCCGCCAAAGGCACAGGAUGCCCCCUAACACCAUCCACAAAACCAACACCCACAACCCCCUCUAAGUACAACGAACCCCACUUCAACCCCACUGUUCACCACAACCCACCUCGGACCCCAAGAGAAACCUCCCACAGAACUCGCGAGAGCCACGCCCCACCCCUUCAACCCCUUCAACCAAAGGAGCGUUCUCGGGCCGCCAACCUCAGCCAAACACCUAUCCUCAUCUCCCACCAUCCACCAUCCCUGCGCUCCAACCCCAACCGCUCCCUUCACCCCAACCUCGCUACCUCCCUCCCCAACAUCCCCCCGAAACCCCACGAUCCACCUCAGGCAACCCACGUCGCGUCCAGCCUGCUCGUCCACACACCCAGCCUGCUCGUCAGCCUUCGUCCAGCCCCCAGCCUGCUCGUCCACCAGCCCUCGAGCCUGCUCGUCCACGCCAGCCGUGCCUGCUCGUCCACCCCCCAGCCUGCUCGUCCACCCCCAGCCUUCUCGUCCACCCCCAGCCUGCUCGUCCACCCCCCAGCCUGCUCGCUCCGCCCCCAGCCUGCUCGUCCGCCCCCAGCCUGCUCGUCCGCCCCCAGCCUGCUCGUCCGCCCCCACCACGUCCCCCCAGCCUGCUCGUCCGCCCCCAGCCUGCUCGUACCGCCCCAGCUGCUCGUCCGCCCCAGCCUGCUCGUCCGCCCCCACCCCAGCCUGCUCGUGCCGCUCGUCCACCCCCCAGCCUGCUCGUCCACCCGCCCAGCCCCCAGCCUGCUCGUCCGCCCCCAGCCGCUCGUGCCGCCCCCAGCCUGCCUCGUGCCGCCCCCAGCCUGCUCGUCCCCCCAGCCUGCUCGUCCCCCCCCCGCCUGCCAGCCCAUCGCCGCCCGCCCCGCCCCCUUUGGCCUGUGA